GAGCACCGCUAUCACUGCUCCCUCCUCUCAAUCUGCGCUCCUCUCUCGUUAUCCACGGUCUCUCUCUUGCCUUCUCAGAUUUUUCUUGCCUCAUGUUUUUGCUGUCCAACUCCACCCCUCUUGCUCCUCUUUUCUUCUUCUGUGUGAUUCUGCCCCACGGGGAGAGAUAGGAUCUGUUACACACCGCACCACGUUCACCAGGAGCAUAGACCCUUUACAGCUGCCAAUGCUGGUUGGACCAUCCCCAGUCGGUACUUGAGCGAGUGGGCGCUUGACAGAGUUUGCACCUCGAAGGUGCUCACUGCUGCAGGAGGUGUGACAUAGACCCAGCUCACCACACAUUGAUUUGUACCAGAUUAAGCUAUUGCAUGAUGCUGCAAGCAGAAGGCUUGGCACAGGCGAUUUACCACCUCUGCCAGACUUAACAUCUUCAGACGUCUUCUCUCUGCUCGGCUAAAAUCUUCUUGGAUAGGACUGCCCAGAGUCUUCUGCAACUCUACUAACAAUAUCACCCAGAGGGAUGACUGGAAAUCACCCUACACAGGAGUAAGAGUGGCAGCAAUGGGCUGGAUCAUGAUUCUGAAAGAUGACUUUGGGGUCAGCGCCUGGACACGGCACACUGGGAACUUCCUCAGCCUCUUCCUCCUCUUCUUGUGUCUCUGUUCCAUUCCAGCCCACUCGGACAUUGUGCUUCCCAAAGCACAUCAUUUCUCAUGGAAAGCAGGAGCGUGGGGUCAGUGUUUCAGUGAGGUGUGUGGUUCUGGUGGGGUCCAGACAAGGACGAUAUGGUGCAUCCACUUAGAGGGCUGGACCACCCAUCACUCGCACUGCCAGCAGGUGGAAAAGCCAGAAAGCAAAAGGCAAUGCUUUAAGGUCUGCGACGGGCACCAAGAUCUCUUUGAAUGGGAGAUUUCUGACUGGGGAGGCUGUGUUCUUGUUCCUUUCUUUUCCAAUGAACUCAAGGUGAGGACGACUGAUUGCAUUACAGCACAGCAUGGCAUUCAGAGGCGCAAUAUCCACUGUAUUCGCACUUCCAAUCGAAGCACCGUCAACAUAAGGAUAUGUGAGUUCUUUUCCCAGAAACCACCUGUGGAACAGGCGUGUCUCAUCCCCUGCCCUCAGGACUGUGUGGUUUCAGACUUUACCUCAUGGUCAAGUUGCAGUAAAACCUGCAGUGCUGGUCUGCAGCAUCGGACUAGACACGUCCUUGCCACACCAAUGUAUGGAGGAGCUAACUGUCCUAAUUUAACCGAGACCAGGACUUGUACUAACUCUGUUGACUGCCCUGUGUCAGAGAGUGAGUACCAGUACAGCCUUAAAGUAGGGGCCUGGAGUAAGUGCCGACUACCCCACAACAAGGAUGUUCUCUUAAGUGGAAGGACCACAGUGGACUUUGGUGCUAGCUCCAGUGAGAACAAUUCUAUCACGCUACACACAUCGGAUUCUCAUCACCACUUCCAUCAUUACCACCAUCAUGCUCAUGCUCAUGUAAGAUACCCCAUGACAUGGGAACUUGAAGUGGGAUACCAGACACGACAUGUACGCUGUGCAAGAAAUGAUGGCAAGAAUGUCAUGCUGAGUCUAUGUAUGAAGGACAACUCCCCGCUGACCUUCCAGGCAUGUGUGAUGCCCAAAGACUGUCAAAUCUCUGACUGGUCAUCGUGGAGUUACUGCUCAAAGACCUGCCGAUCCACCGAUCUGUCUCCUGGGUAUCGCGUCCGGACACGGAUCAUAACACAAAUCCCAAAUGGAGGAGGAAAACAAUGUCCUUAUCUUGAGGAAAAGGAAGCCUGCAACAUCAUUGGCGAUUUACUUUCAAAAUGUCCCAGGUACAUGUGGAGGACCACUGACUGGGGUGAAUGCCGCAUCCGACCCUUACUGAGCCAGCAGGAUCAACGGCGGACUAACAUUAGUAUGCUGUGUGGAGGUGGGGUCCAGACCAGGAAGACCUACUGCGUUCAAAUUUCCGAUGAUUCAGCACCACAUUAUAGGAAGGAAGUGUCCAGGCCUGUGAAUGCCUGGCUGUGUGAUGGAGAUGAUCCUCCAUUGGCUGUUCAGAACUGCUCCAUUCGUUGCCAGCACCAGUGCUUGCUGUCCCAGUGGUCGCUCUGGAGUGCCUGCCUCCAUGAAAACUGCAAAGAACGUCAAGGAAGGAAAGGUUUCAGACAAAGGAAGAGAGAGGUGUUGUGGGAGUCCAGUAACACUCUGGGGACUUGCCCUCAUCUAAUGGAGUUCAUCCCCUGUGAGGAUCCUGCCUGCUACCUGUGGCAAAUCCAGCAAAAGGAAAAAUGCAUUUCCACCAAUAGCUCCUGUGGUCCUGGAACUGCAGUACAGAAUGUGACCUGUGUCAACACUGAAGGAGGUGAUAUGCCUGACACCCACUGUGUAGAUGACCCUCCACCCACUAAGGAGGCCUGCAAUGUUGCUUGUUCUGCAGACUGUGUGGUGGACUCCUGGUCCUCCUGGUCUUCCUGCUCACACAGCUGUGCUACGAAGACCGCAGAGGGCAAGCAGAGCCGCACUCGUACAGUAUUAGCCAUUCCAGGAAAAGAUGGUAAAGCAUGCCCAGCAACCCCAGCCUUAGAGGAAUGGCGAGUCUGCAAUGACCAUCCAUGCACUGUAUUUUACUGGGAAACCUCAGAAUGGGGUUUCUGUACUGAGGAUGCCUCUUCUAAAUUCAAUGAAAUUAGCUUGUGGAAUGGGACUUCUUCCUGUUCUGUUGGUGUCCAGAGCCGGAAUGUCAGUUGCAUGAAGAUGAAUGCUGGUCCGGUCAUAAGUAAAAGGUGUUUAGAUUCUUCUCGCCCAGAAACUAACCGACCAUGCUUGCUUCCCUGCAAGAAGGACUGUGUAGUGACCCCCUUCAGUGAAUGGACAGCAUGCCCAACAUCUUGUCUCCCAGAUAAUUCAACCGCUGCCAUGCAAUCUCGAUACAGAAUCAUCAUUCAGAUGUCUGCUAACGGAGGUCAAGAGUGUCCUGAUACACUGUAUGAAGAAAGAGAGUGUGACUCAGUUCGUGUUUGUCCAGUCUAUAGGUGGAGGAUGCAUAAGUGGCACAGUUGUACUCUGGUGCCUGAUUCUGUUAGACGAGGAUUAUCCGGAUCAGGAGAAGCCUGUGGAAAUGGUUUAGAAACAAGAGGAAUCAGUUGUGUUGGAGAGGAUGGUGAGCCAGCCAACAUGACACAGUGUCUGCAAUGGGCUGGCCCUUUUCCCUCUCAGAUUAGAGAGUGCCGGGUGGCUUGCAAGGAUGACUGCACUCUGACUGCUUGGUCCAAGUUUUCUGAAUGUGCCGGAUGCGGCAGCUCAUGUACCCGCAGGCGUUCGCUUGUAGGUCGUAGCAAAAAGAAGGAGCGUUGCCUGAAUGAGGAUUUGUACCCGCUGGAAGAGAAUAAGACUUGUCCCUGUGAUCAGUUUUUGUCUCAGCCAUUUGGGAACUGGUCUGCGUGCAUCCUUCCAAGUCCUCCAGUUUUCAAGUCACUGCAGGGUUGGAUGAGACACCGAGAGAUAAAGGAGUGCGGCCAAGGUCUCCGCUACAGAGCCGUGGCCUGCAUUAACCACCUGGGAUACCUGGUUAAUCCCGCACUCUGCAUAGACUCAGGCUACAUUGUGGAGGUUUGUCAUAUCCCUUGCCCCCUCGACUGUAAGCUCAGUGAAUGGUCUUCUUGGUCAGCCUGCAGUUCUUCCUGUGGCAGUGGGCUGAAAAUCAGGUCUAAGUGGCUCAGGGAGAAAGCCUUCAAUGGUGGACGCCCAUGCCCCAAGCUGGAUUUGAAGAACCAGGCUCAGGUGUACGAGGCGGUGCCAUGCAACAGGGAGUGCAGCCAGUAUGAAUGGCGUAUAGAGCCCUGGUCCAUUUGCACCAUCAACACUGUGGAUGACCUGCCAGCCUGCGGAGAGGGAGUCCAGAGCCGCAAGAUCAGGUGUGUGAUGAAGGGAACAUUGAGUGGGGAGGAUGGCAGCGUGGACGUCAAUCUGUGUGAUCAGGAGGAAAUGCCUCCCAGGGCCCAGGUUUGCUAUUUAGCCUGUCCUAAUGACUGUGUUGUGGCACCCUGGGGAGCAUGGAGCAACUGCCCUCCGCAGUGCGACCCAGAUGGUGCAAGGAACAGAAGCAGACACAUCCUCCGCCUCCCUGCCUCAGAGAAAGCAGUCUGUCCAGAGCUUGUCCAGUCAGAACCUUGUCUUCUCAACACUACAUGCUUCACAUACCAGUACAGAGUCUCAGACUGGAGUACCUGCCAGCUGAGUGAAAGUGCCAUCUGCGGUGAGGGUUCACGGUCGCGUCUCCUGGACUGUGUGCGGAGUGAUGGCAAAACUAUGGAGUUGCAGAAGUGCCGCCAGUUUGGUUUGAUCAACAAGUUGCAGCUGUUGGAGAGCUGCGUGGUUGACUGUCCUGUCAGCUGUAUCCUCACCGACUGGUCGCCGUGGGCGGAUUGCUCGCUCACCUGCGGGACCCAAGGUCACUCUGUACGCACACGGAGAAUUCUUCAGGAGGCUCAUGAGGAGGGUCGUCCCUGUCCCAGCCAGCUCACCCAGACUAAGCCCUGUCCCAUAAGGCCUUGCUAUAUGUGGCUGAUGAAUGGCUGGUCUGCGUGCACUGUAGAGGGUGCAAAGUGUGGUGAGGGGGUCAGGAGAAGGAACCUGUCAUGUGUUGUCCACUGGGGGAAUUUGCACGAGUCUCCUCCUCCUCAGCCUGUGAACAGAGACCUUUGUGGAGAUGUGCUGAAGCAACAACUCCAGCAGGAAAUGGAGCAGCCGUGCUUUGUCCCCUGCCCAGGUGAUUGCCAUUUGACAGAGUGGUCCACGUGGAGCUCCUGCCAGCUGACCUGCCUGGAGGGCCGGAGUUUUGAGUCCACUGGUCGCCAAGCACGCUCCAGAGCUGUGAUCAUUCAAGCCAUGGAGAACCAAGGCAGCUGUCCCUAUCAGGUCUUUGAGACCCAACCCUGUAAAGGAGGAAAAUGCCACAGUUACCAAUGGAAAACAGGAGGAUGGACCAACAACAAGAGGGCAGUGUGGUGUCAGCGCUCAGAUGGUGUUAAUGUCACAGGGGGUUGUUUCGCACAGAAAAGGCCCACUACCCUUCGACACUGCCAUCCUCCGUGCACAAAACCCUUCUCACACUGUACGCCGAGUGGAGUGUGUGGGUGUGAGAAGGGCUACACUGAAGUGAUGACCUCGCAUGGCUUCUUGGACUACUGCACCAGAACACCAGGGGUGGACAACAGCAAGAAAGCCGAUGUGAAAACUAACUCUGGAAGAUUAAAACCCCGACCGUCUCAGGCCAAUGACCUCUUCAGCGAGUGGACCUUACGGCCCAUCGGUCAAGAUGGAAGAGUAAAGCUGUGGGUUUAUGCCGUGACCGUUGUUGGAUUUAUUGUAAUACUUUUCAUCAUCGCGCUGUCAUUCCUGAUCUGCAAGCCAUCCAAAACCUCUAAGGCAUCACCUCCACCGCAGAAGCCCUUGACUCUUGCCUAUGACGGUGACGUGGAUAUGUAACCAGGCUGCUAUACCUCACGAGGACAUGAUUGGCCUUGGCCAAGAUUCUGGCCUUGUUCACAUUGUUGCCAAACAUAAACCCUGACCUGCCUGAGCUGGGUUUUGUUUGAGAUAACAGAAGAAAUCGGGUUUGCUGCUGAAGGCACAGAAUAUUUGCCGACUGAAAUAAGCAGAGCCAAAGCCAAUUGAGCCGAGACUGAGACAUGGACCUUUAGAUCCUUUUUUUUAUAACUGCCUGCAACAUGAACACACGGUCCAAGCACCGUUUGAAAAUGAUGAAGCAAGAAGAUUUUUAGUCACGAAAGACAAUGUAAUCCACAAGUGAAUCUAUUGUGGAGUUUUUUGCGUGUCAAGGAUCAGAGGGACCACAUUUUUGUGUUUAUUUUUGUUUGUUUAGGAGAUAUCCUAGUCUGUAGUUACACAUUAUAUUAAAAUGCAUUUUAAUUUUUCUCAAUAGUUCCUGAACUUUGUAAAAGAUAAUGUCACAAGUUCUUUGGAUAAACUCUUAUUCCUUAUUUCCAAACAAAUAAGAUGGUUUAUGCACUACGUUAGUGCUGAUUCAUUUUUUUGUUUCUUUUUGAUGACUUUUCUAGUGUUUAUUGGGAGUAUCAAUUAUUUAUUUAUUUGUUGCUGUCUGGUUGUGUAUUGUUGAUGAUGCAAUAUGUCUUGUAUAUGUGGAAACCAAAAUCAAGCCUGCCUCGAGUUUAAGGACACAUCUAAUGCGGCUAUUUCUCCAUCUUUUAGUGAUUCCCAGCUCAGAAAACAAAAUUCGGCAACAAGCUAAAAAUGUAAUUUCUUUCUCAAAAGGAUACAAUUUUGGUGCAUUCUGUUUAAGAUCAAAAAAGUAAAAAACAUGGAACUGAAAAGAUUGGAAACCAGCAUGAUUGAGAACAUACCUCAUAUAACAGUUUUAAUAUGAUGCAAAACAACACAGAAUUUAUCAUUAAAUUAUGAAGGAGGAACAUAAAGAUGUUGGCUGGGUUAUUCAUGGUAUCAGCACAGAUCAGGCAAAACAUUAUGACCGGUACCUUUUGACAGGUAAAGCAAAUAAGAUUUACACAUUCUUCAUCAGUACACCUCUAAGUGGGAUAGAUUAGGUAGCAAGUGAACAUUUUUACCUCAAGAUUCAUGUCUUAGACGCAGAAUUGGCAAGUGUAAAGAUUUAAGUGAGUUUAACAAGGGUCAAGUUGUGAUGGUUAGUCGAAUGAGUCAGAACAUCUGCCGAACUGCAGCUCAUGCGGGGGUUUCCUAGUCUGCAGUGGUCAGUAUAUAUAAAAAGUGGUCUAAAGUCCUGAUCGCAGGCCAAAUGAUGCAUAUAAGGAAGCAGAAGACUAGCCAGUGUGGUCCAAUACAACAUUCUGUUUAUUAACUGUAACCCCCAAUUGGGACAAUUGACUCUUUUGAGAGACAUCAGAUUAUGACCCCUGAUCAAACCCAAAUAAGUAUGAACAACCUCCUGCUUGUGGAUAUUAUUUAUUGGAGGCACAUAAGAACAUUUCCUUACAGCAGAAAUAAAUGUAUUAUGCAAUUUGCAAACAUCAAUUGUCAAAGCGGGAACAAAAUUUCCAAAAUAUGCAAAGACCAAAACUUCAAAAAAGAUCUCAAUCCAAUUGAGUAUGUGUGGAAUGUGCUGACCAAAUAAGAGGCCAGCUUACAGGACCUAAAAGAUGUGCAGCUAAAAUCCUGAUUCCAAUUACCACAGGAAGCCUUCAGGGCUCUAGUGGAGUCAUUGAAAAGUUAAUUGUUUAAUAUCCCAACAGGUCAGAAGUGUUUUGGCAGCAGAUACAUGACCAACAAACUAUUCUCCAAAUGGUUAAAAUGGUUUAUCUGAUCUGUGUAUUUGUUUUCAACAAAACUGUUCAUGAGUUUUUUUUCUGAACCAUUUUUCAUACUCUGCUUCAAUUAGCUCAGAAAAUAUAGUCAAUAUUUUGUUACAUACGUAGCCUGAAGAAAGAUUGCAAAUUCCCAGCAUUCCUGAGCACAUGUUAACCUAUUUGACUUUUUUUAACUUCUCAAUUCUAAACAGUUUUCUGUUUUUUAACCUAUUUUAUGAUCUAUUUUUCAUUUUUUUGCUCUUGGUUCUCAAAGCAACAAUGGUUUUGAAAAGUCUUUGAGUGGAUUAUAAACCUUUUUCACGAUUACUACCCUUCAGUUAUUUCAAAGCACCUGGUGCUCACCAGGUAUUAAGCUGUUUCUCCUUUUCCCUCCACUAAUGAAAGAUUCACGUGUGCAUCUCAAUGAGUUAAAAUAUCAUUCAAAAGUUAACUUAUUUCAGUAAUUAAUUUUAGGAAAUUUAAACUGAUGUAAUAUAGAUUCAUUAGACUCACAGUAAUAUAGAAUUAUUCAUUUCUGUUCACUUUAAUGAUUAUGGUUUACAGUUAAUGAAAACCCUAAAUUUUGUUCUGAGUAUUACAUAAGAUCAAUAAUUAAAAUAAAAAAUUCGGUUACAUAUAUUUUAUGUCAUAGCAAUGCUGUGAUCUACACAAUCAUGGUGAAGACAGCUGACUUCACAGUAUUCUAGCAAAGAACCACUGAAACUUUCCACAAGAUAGGUUGCUUAGGAAGCUGGUGCCAUAUCGAAGCACAUAGAUGGAAAGUUGAGUGGAAGAAAAAGUGCACACGCAGCAGGGAUAACCACAGCCUUCAGAGGAUUCUGGAACAAAGCCUGCUCAUGACUUUGAAAUUCAGAAUUCUCCCUAUCCCACUCUGUAUUGAUGCAGCAACUUAUUCAAAAGAAACACCACCAAGCAUUAGUACAAAUACUCUACAGUAGAUUGACAUACCUUUCAGUAAGUUGACAUUUCUCGAUUAUCUGAGAAAUAAAAUUUUGGGUUUUCAGUCGCUGUAAUUUUUAAUAAUCUAAAUUAACAGAAAUCAAUGCUUGAUAUAUACCCCUCUGUGUGAAUCGAAUCUAUAUAAUCUACCAGUUGAAUUUUCUGUAACCAAAUUACUGUAAUACACUAACUUUUCGCUAAUUUUCUUAUUUUUUGAGAUACACCUGUAAAAGAUCUUGUAUGUGACCUCAUCCUGAAUGUAUUCAAUCAGCCGCUCUAAAAUCCUUCUGGUUGUACAAAUAUGGUUGUUACAUGUCACAACAACUGUAUUUGGCAGCUGUUUCUGUAUGUAGGCAUGCUUGAACUAUUUUGGCAGAGAACGCUCCAAGUGGCCUUGCAAAGACUCUGUUUCAUAAGUUGCCAAACAUUUUAGAAUAGUCUCUUCUAGAACAGUGUUUCUGAAAUUUGGGAUAAAAUAAGCACACAUAGUAAAAGUUGGGUACAGAAAACCCCAGAUUUUAAGUAUUCAAAAGCUCUGGACAACAUAUCAUAAGCCAUCUAGAAACAUUUUUGUUCUUAGAUGCUUAUUAAGAACUCUGUUGGGUGUGUCUGACAAAUCUAAAAACAUAAUUGCUAGUGUUUACAGUACCUAAGCUAUUUGUGUUACUAUUGUGUGUACAUGGAGAACUGGACAAAAUGCAAAUAAAUUGUGAAAUUAUGUGAAAAUCAAAAAA